AUGCUUACCCCUGUUAUUUUUUGGGCUAAGGCUCUCAUGCAGCAUAUAUGGUCACUAGGCCUAGAUUGGGAUAAUACUCUUCCUAGUGAUAUUAUCGACAGAUGGUCAACUUUUGUCAACGAACUUCCUGAGAUUGAAAAUUUGGAGAUUGGCAGGUACAUAUCUCUGAGUGAUGCGGUUAAUAUUCAGUUGCAUGGAUUUUCAGAUGCAAGUGAACUCGGUUUUGCUGGAUGUGUUUAUCUACGAACUGAGAACCCGCAAGGCAGUAUAUAUGUCAACUUAUUAAUAGCCAAGUCACGUGUGGCACCCCUGAAACGUAUCACGAUUCCUCGCCUUGAACUGUGCGGAGCACAUAUUUUAGCCAAACUGUUACACUACUGUGUUGAUCAACUCUCAGAUCGCUACAAGAUAGAUUCUGUUACCGCUUGGAGUGACUCCACUGUGGCUCUUUCAUGGAUUCACACCCCUUCUCAUCGUUUGAAGUUAUAUGUUGCAAAUCGUGUUGCACAGAUUCAAGAAUUGACCCCUUCCUGCAUAUGGAAACACAUUUCUACUCUUGAAAACCCCGCUGAUGUUGCCUCUAGAGGAUUAACCCCAUCUCUUCUUAUUCAUAACAAGCUCUGGUGGUCUGGACCCACAUGGCUUAAGAGUUCAUCUGAUUCAUGGCCUCAACCAUCGAGUCAUCUUCCCGAAGAGGAACUCCCAGAAAUUAAAACCACAACACUAAAUCUUCUUACGAUAGCUGAAGAUCAAGAUCUGAAGUUUAUCAAUAAAUUCUCUUCAUGGACUAAACUACUUCAUGUCAUGGGCUACGUUUUACGUUUUAUUUCCUGCUUGAAAACUAAGCAAAGGAUUACUCAUUCUCUCACACUUGAAGAGUUAGAAGUAUCGAACAAACGGAUUUGUUGGCUUGUUCAAAGAGAGAGUUUCUCUGAGGAUAUUAAUUCCCUGUCAAAGAAGAAUGUGUGUUCUUCUCGCAUUCAACGCCUUUCACCGUUUAUGGAUGAUGAAGGUUUGUUAAGAGUUGGAGGACGACUGAAACAUUCUGAGUUGCCGUACAGCGCCAAGCAUCAAAUUAUCUUACCAAAGGAUCAUUUUGUUGUAAAUUUGAUAAUUGAUUAUCAUCAUCGCAUCUUUCUUCACUGUGGACCAACACAACUCCAAGCUGUUCUUCGUGAGAAAUAUUGGAUACUUUCUGCUCGUAGUAUCAUACGCUCCAGGAUUUUUAAACGCCUGAGAUGUUUCAGAAUGAAACCUAAGCCAAACACACCAUUGAUGGGAGACUUACCUUCCCCAAGAGUGGUAGCAACCCGACCUUUUAAUGUUACUGGAGUCGACUAUGCCGGACCAUUUACAGUGAAAUUGUAUGUCCUAAAAAGGCUUCAGCCUAUUAAAGUUUAUCUUUGUCUAUUUGUCUGCUUUGCAACGAAAGCCGUACACUUAGAAGUUGUGUCGGAUUUGUCCUCAGAAGCUUAUAUAGCAGCUCUUACACGUUUUAUUUCCAGACGUGGUUCAGUGAAGGAAAUUCAUAGUGAUUGUGGAACCAACUUUGUCGGAGCAGCUGCUGCACUUCACAAAUGUUUUAACAACCUCCUUUGCAAUCCAGUAACUCACCGUUUUGCUGAAGAAAACAACAUUUCUUUCAAAUUUCUGCCUCCACACGCGCCUCAUCAAGGUGGCUUGUGGGAACGAGCUGUUAGGAGUGCUAAGCAUCACCUUCAUAGAGUAAUCGGUGGCCAAAUCCUGACUUAUGAAGAAUUCAUAACUCUCGUGUCACGUGUCGAAGCAAUAUUAAAUUCAAGACCGCUUACCCCUCUCUCUGGAGAUCCGAAUGACUUAGAGUCUCUAACCCCAGGACACUUUUUAACUGGUGGACAUCUGAAAUCCAUGGUUGAACCUCAAUAUGAUGAAACUUCUUGUAACCGCUUGAGGAGAUGGCAAUUAGUUCAGGCAUUCUCUCAACACAUCUGGACUCGAUGGUCCCAAGAGUAUCUGCAUACUCUACAGCAUCACUCUAAGUGGACGAGUAAAACAGAGAACCUCAAGAUUGGUGACCUUGUUGUUAUUCAUGAGCCUAACACUCCUCCCCUACAAUGGAAACUUGCAAGAAUCACCGCAGUAUCUCCAGGAGCAGACGGAAUUGUACGAGUGGUCCAUCUACGCACCGCUACAGGGAACUUCAGUCGGCCAACCGUCAAAGUUUCCCUUCUUCCUACCAAUUAA